ACAGCGGCGGCGAUAGCCAACAUCUCUUUCGUCUUCCCCACGCGGCCACCCAAAAAAAAAAAAAGGAGAAGGGGUUAAUUAUCCCCUCCUUACUUCCACCACCUCCCCCAUCCAUGGCGACGGCGGCGAGCUUGAUCCGGCCGCCACGCGCCGCCCUGCUCCUCCUCCUGCUCGCGCUGUCCUUCUCCCUCUCCCUUGCCGCCCACUUCGAGGGCUUUGACUCCGACGACCUCCACUCCGCCCACGCCGACGACGCGGCCUCGGCAGACGGCGACGACGACGAGGGGCUCGAGGUGGAGCUCCCGCCGCCUCCGCCCAUCUCCCUCUCCACUUCAUCUCCUUCCCCUCCGGUGACCACCACCACCUCCUCCUCCGCGUCCAACCCUAACCCCGAUCCCAACCCGACGAGGGCGACUCCGAACCCCACUCCCGCGCUCGAUCUCUGGGACGAGGACGAGUUCGAGGGCAUCCCCGUGCCGGAAGCGACCUCCUCCGACGAAUCCUCCGCGCCGGCCGAAGCUGCCCCCUCAGAUCCCGUGGCUGAUGCCGCGGCCGAGGCGGCGCCGGCUCCGCCGAGGCGGCCCGCGGAGCUGCUCCGCGCGUACUCCGUCGAGAUCGCCUGCGUCAGCUUCCUGAUCUGCUUCCUGCUCAACUACUUCACCGGGAAGCGGCAGAACGAGGCGAUCGCGCUUGCCUGGGCCACAAGGUUUGCCACCAGGGACUCCAUCUUCGACAAGAACUUCAGCCUCCUGGGCACCGGCGACGGGAAGGACACGCCGCUACUGAUGAAGGAAGGGCAGGACGUGUUCAAGUUCUACGCCAGUGGGAGGCGGUUCUGCCAGGGGAUGCUCGCCACCAUGGAGAUGCGCGCUCGGCACGACCUGCUGUCCAAGCUGGUGGAACUGGUCUUCCCCAGGAAGGACACCAUCACGUUCGAGGUGGUGAUGAACGAGGAAACCAUGGACCACGUGGUGUUGGCUGUGGCGAGGAAGAAGGCAGCCAAGACGAUGCAGAAGGAGGAGAGGGAUCUGCAAAGAUUUGCUGGGGUUCUUACCUCAGCACCUGCUGGGAGAAGGUGGGUUGCUGACGAGCUUGCGGUAGUGGCCGAGUCAAAGGAGGUUGCUGGGGAUAUGAUUACUGAAGCCGUGCUAGACCAGGUCCUUGGUGACAAAGCGUUUGAGAAAUUUGGGAAGUGGUUCAUCUCACUUCACUUUUCAGAUCAAUUGGCAGGCUCUUACAAGAAAGUCCUUUCGUUCAAGUUCGUACUGCCAGAUGCAAGCAACAUGGCCGAGAUGACAAGAUUAGUUGCCCUCGUGCCAUAUUACAUUGAUUUGAUUGGACGUUACAAGCUCAGCAGCCAUGCUCGUUCCAAAACUGAAGGUGCACGAUCAAAAGCUGCUCAGGAGGCUUUCAGGGAACAACAGGGCCUAAGGCAGGAAGCCCUUCAAAGGAAAAAGGCAGAGAAGAAAAAACUUAUGGAAGAGGCAGAGGCCAAAUUGAGCGCUGAGGCACUCCGCAAGAAAGAGGAAAAAGACAGGGCUCGUCAGAUGAAGAAGUCAAUGCCCAAAGUUAAAAUGCUCCGUUCCUAGUAGCAUCAAGAAUAUGCCAUGAUCAUCGGCUUUGCUAUUCAGUUGCUGAUUAGCCUAUAGUUCAGUGCCUGCUAGAUUCAUUUCUGUUUGAAUUUUGGGCCGUCAAUAUUUCCCUACCCUGGGAUCAAGCUAAACCGAAAGAGGUAAAAGGAAUCUUCUGAUGUUUUGACAUUGUCAGCUUGUCGGGGGAUGAAUUUGAAACGCUGAGCUAUGCCCACUGCGCGGCUGUUUUCUUGUAUUAAUAGUCAGUCGCAGGCUGGAAUGGCGUCAAGUUUGAUUUGUCCCCACGAUCGUUCAUUUUAGUUCAUCUGAACUUUGUUAUGCAGCAGCUCGUUUGUAAGAGAACUCCAUGACUUGCUGUGUAAUGCAUUUAUAGAUACACUGCCAGAAACUCAACACUACAUCACAUAAUUUGAGUCGAUUUAUGAGUUAAUCUCUAUUUAUGCAUGCAUGUCUUCAACUUGUUGAAGCAGUAAUAGCUGUUCGUAUUGUCGUA